AUGAGUAAUCGCAAAGAAAAGAAAGCUACCCCCGCCAACUCCGGAGGAAAGAAGCGGGAAGGAGACGCAAGAGAAAUCCAUCGUCUUCAGGCAGUUAUCCUCACAGAUGGAUUCGAAAACAGAUUCAGACCCCUCACCCUCGAAACUCCCAGAUGCCUACUUCCUCUAGCAAACACCCCGCUCAUCGAUUACACACUUGAAUUCCUCGCCUUUUCUGGCGUGGAAGAUGUCUUUAUAUAUGCAUCUAGCCAUGCUGAGAAAAUCGAAGAAUACAUCCGAGGUUCAAAAUGGAACCAGCCGUCAUCUCCAAUAAAAAACUGUCAAAUAAUUGUGUCGCCUACAAGUACCUCAGUCGGCGAUGCCAUGCGUGAUCUGGACCAGAAGCAGGUUAUCACACACGAUUUCUUGCUUAUACAUGGGGAUUUUAUCGGCAACUUGUCACUGGAUAGUGUUUUAGAGGAGCACAAUAAGCGACGUGCAAUCAGUAGUAAAGCUAUCAUGACUAUGGUUUUGAGAGAAGCAGGAACCGCACAUAGAAGCAAAACCAGAAGCGAAACUGGAAUUUUUGUGAUUGAGAAGGGGACAAACAGAUGUGUUCAUUAUGAAGAGGUUGGCACCAAGGAUGGGGACAUGACAUUGUUGCCUACAUCUCUGAUCAAGGCCCACUCGGAACUUCAAAUACGCUCCGACCUUCUCGACUGUUCUCUUGACAUUUGUGCACCCAAUGUUCCGGUCUUAUAUACUGAGAACUUUGAUUAUCAACAUCAUCGUCGUGACUUUUUAAAUGGUGUCCUUAGAGAGACUGAUCUUUAUGAGAUGUCCAUCCACGCUCAUAUACUAUCUGAUCAGUAUGGAGCCAGAGCCAGGAGUCUCCAGACAUACGACGCCAUCAGCAGAGAUAUCACCAGUCGCUGGGCAUAUCCCUUAUGUCCGGACAGCAAUCUUGGCAUAGACCAGACCUACAGUCUGAAAAGAGGAAAUAUCUACGUCGAGGACGACGUCUCAUUGGCAAAAUCUACAAUCAUCAAUCGUAUGACUAUCCUGGGUUCUGGUACUAGAAUUGGGGAGAACACUGUUGUGGGACAGAGCGUUAUCGGCAGGAAUUGUGCGAUUGGAGACGAGAUAGAGAUAGAAUGUGCACACAUCUGGGAUGGGGUGACUAUCGGUGAUGGUUGUAAGAUCAACAACGCAAUUAUUGCAAACAACGUCACAUUGGGGAAUAGAUGCAUCAUUCAACCAGGUUCUAUCAUAUCGUAUGGAGUCAAAAUUGCAGGUGGAACAACCGUGAGGGCUGGUAGCAGGAUAUGCAACUCCAGUAGUAAGAGAAAUGAUGAUGAUUCUGAUGAUGAGAAACGAACGGAUGAAGAUUUGGUUGGGAUUGGUGGUAUUGGAUUCGAGUAUGAGGGCUCGGACGAUGACGAUGAUGAUGACGGAUUGGAGGGCUCGUUGCGUGACGGAUUAGUAUUUAAUAUGAAUCAUUCUAAUCUUUCUGAUUCCUCGAUAUCUACUAUAUCGGAUGACGAAGACGACUCAGAGGACGACAUGCCCGGCUUAAAAGCAAGGCUAGCUCGCUCGGACUCUGUCACUACCGCUGGAUCCGAAGACAAUGAUGAAGCGGAGUCGUGGCAUAAAGAAGCUUCUCAGUCACUAUUUUCUGCUGUCGAGGGUGACCACCCCGUUGAAGUUGCCUCACUCGAGCUUAAUGGUUUGCGCAUGUCUGCCAAUGCCUCAUGGCAUCAAGUUCGUCGAGCUGUCGUCACAGCACUCGUUGCCCGUGUUGAACAGCUAGUUUCCAAAGCCUCUAAGACAAUUGCGGCGGCCACUGAAACUGUUUUCACACGAUGGAGCCCACUUAUCAAAAGGACAAUCUUUGAGCGAAAGGAUCAAGUAGACUUUUUGCUCAUAGUGCAGAAAGAGUGUGUCGACAAAAAGCAGGGUCCCGCACUUCUCUUUGCCAUUUGCCAAAAAAUGUUUGAAGCAGAUUUGGUCGAAGAAGUUUCAGUCAAUGCUUGGUGGGCGGAUGAGAGGAGUAGCACUGAUGUUGGCGGGAUGGCAAAUGUUAGGAAAGUUACCAAGGCCUUUGUCGAGUGGCUAGCUGAAGCGGAGGAGGAGAGUUCUGAAGAGGAAGAUUCCGAAGAGGACGACGAGGACGACGAGGAAGAAUAG